AUGGCAUCAAGCGUUGGCGCUCUUGCAACUGAAGCGCCGCCACCCGCCUGUCCGCGUGCCAACUCCCCGCCCGGCACCCUCGUCUCCUUGGACGGCAUCGCGAGGCUGCCCAAGCGACAUCGCGACUCCGAGUCUGCCUCGCCACGUGCCCAGGCCACCCAGCACAUCAAUCCUCUCGGCUCCCCGACCAAGUCGGCGCGCCUGGCCCUGGCGACAACCACAAAGUCUCCUCCGCCGCUCACGGGCGCCGCAGCGCUCGAGGACGAGCGCCGUCGACGAUACGAGGAGCCGGCGCCCACAUCCCCCCUCCCGACCAGUCCCAACCCCAGCCACAGGGCCCUAGAAUCCCUCAUGUCGGCGGCGACUCAGGCAAUGAGCCGUCCUGCGGACGCGCCCCAGGUUGCGCCGACCGCCAACAUGGACCCGGCCGUCAAGGCGGUUGCGGCCCUGUCAAUACCCCCAGGCGCCGGCCCCCGCCCCGACGAACACGCCGGGUCGAGUCCACAGAGCGCAUCGAGCAUGGCCGCCAUACCCAUCACGGAGAGCCCGACGCCCAUGGAGGUUGACGGCGGCAAGUCUGAUCAGCUCUCGGCACACCAAGUGGCGACACAGGACGAGCGACCACAGCCAGGCUCCCUGUCGUACCCCGGGUCGCUUCAGACCUCGGGCGCCUUGCCGGAGCAAUCGGCCCGGGGCAUGAGCUUCCCCGUGCCGGCUCAAAUUCACGGCUCGCCAACAUCGACGGGCGGCAAGAAGCACAAGUGUCCCUACUGCAACACCGAGUUCACGCGUCACCACAAUCUCAAGAGCCAUCUCCUGACGCACAGCCAGGAAAAGCCCUAUAGGCACGGCAAGCUGCACACAGGCGAGAAGCCUCACGUGUGCCCAAAGUGCGAUCGCAAGUUCGCCAGAGGAGAUGCCUUGGCCAGGCACAGCAAAGGCGCUGGGGGUUGCGCCGGACGAAGGGCCAGCAUGGGCAGCUUUGCUGACGGAGAAGAGCUGGACGGUGCCAUGGGCGAAGGGGACGAGUCUGCCAUGUCGGGCAUCGCCUACGACAAUGCCGACGACGAAGAGCUGAGACGACAGAGCCUGCCGAGCCUAGGGUCGCAACACGCUCCCGGCACUCAGGGUGAGGCUUUUGGCGCACACUCGCGCACGUAUCCGCCAGCAGGCCCGAGGCCCACGCCGGGCGGCCUCUUCCCUCCCAACGUCAACGCCGCUCAGACCAGCUCGGCCAACAACGGCUCCACGAGCGUAUCGAAUAGCAUGGCUAGCAGUCACGCUGCCGCCAACACAAGCACCUCGUCGGUGCCCGCCGCCGCCGGGACCGCGAGCAUAUAUUCCCAGUCUGGCAUGACGGAGAGUCCAAAGCCACUCAGCCCUGGCGCUCAAGCACACGACGCGUCUGGUGUCGCGCGGCAGCGAUCGCCAAGCCUGUCGCAGCAGUUUCAGCAACAGCAAAUGGGCUUCUCCCACGGACGCGCGCCAAGCGGGACGCAGCCCAGCGGUGACAGCGGCAACAUGUUUGCACAGAGUGACCCGAGCGUGUGGGCAUAUGUCCAAACGCUAGAGGACAAGGUCAAGUCGCUGUCUGAUAAAGUCACCACACUCGAUCAAGAGGUCACGGGCCUGAAGAGGCAGCUGGAGACGCGCGACGGCGCCGCGACGGCAUGA